AUGUCAAACUCGCCUCCCAUUGAACUUCAUUGUCCUUCUUUAAAAAAGCGGAAAUUAAAUAUCGCAAUUUGUAAUAAUUGUAUUACUGUCUUUAAUAAACCACCUUUUACUGGAUAUAAAGUAGGUGAUGAUGUGGUUAUUGACACUGAGGCAGUAGCUAGUCACCCUCAAAGUGCUGUUUUUGGUGAGAAUGUGGUUAGCUCUACUCCUGAACAAGCCAAAGAAUGUUUAGAGUUUAAUUUAACUUACUCAUAUUACUUUUAUUAUUGUUGGUUAAAAAAUAGUAAGCAACUAACUCCUGAACAGGUUUUGGGUAACGAACAACGGCUAAGAGAAGAAUUUAAUAAGGUUUCCAUAACAACUCAGCGAUGGUUAGAACAAAAUUACCUUGAUAAAGAAACAUCUAAAAUAUACCUAAACCAACAACUAGAAGGAAUGUUGGAUUGUAGUGAAUACAAAAAUCAGAAUAAAGGACUAAUUAAAGAUGUUUUAGAGAUUUAUUUAAAUCAGUCUAGUAGUUUUUUAUCAGAAUAUAAUGAUCCUGCUUAUCAUGGUAUAGAAGCUACUGCAGAAGUUAAAAGAGCUUAUCAAAUCCAAAAAGUAAAAAAACAAAAGAUAGUUGAAGGGUGUAAAGAAUUACUAAGUAAGUUAGAAUAA